GCCAGAGACACAAUAGCCUACUUGGUACCUGAGAAAGCCACAGUUUCUAUUGUGACCACAGCAUGGUACACAACGUUUAUAGCCCCCAAUUCUUCUGUCGCAGCCAUAGCAGUCAUAUUCUUAGACUCGCUAAAAGCCAUCGUCUCCAUAAAUAUAGCAUCAAUUGCCCGACUAUACUUCUUCUUGGUCAGCCUUGUCUCACUUGUACAUUCGGCUCGAUCUGACCGCCUUUGGGUGGGUGACGUUGUGUCAAGCGCGGAGGUCCGACACUUGAGACUAGACAGCAAUUCGCUGGUGGUUGGUCAACAUUACCAGGGAACUCAACUACAAUCAGCAGGGGUCUCUGCAAGUCACCCCUCUUCGUGUCCAUUUGUUGCGCCUCGGGAAUUUUCAUGAGAUGAGGCUUUGUUGACAGACUACUUCCCCAUCCCUCCCCCGCGUGCUCGAUCCACUUGCCUCGAAUUGAGGCCCUUUUCGUAUUAUAAUGGCGGAGGAGAAUCCAGAGUUUCAGUCCGCUUUGCGGGAGCUGGACAGAGAGCUGGAGGAGGGCGAUAUCACAGAGAAAGGGUAUCAAAAGCGACGUACCCUCCUGCUCUCCCAAUUUCUCGGCCCUAACAAGCCACUUGAGAUUGGCUCACAUACGGCUGCAGGCUAUGGAGGCCUUUCUGAAGGCGUCCAUGCCACCCCACCAGCGAUAUUGAGCGUUCGACCGCCAACCGCCGAGUCUUCGCAGCCGACCAUCGCUUCUCCAACCUAUGCAGGCGGAUACGAUGCGAUACCGAGUGGCGGAGGAUUUGGAUACAAUCGUCGGGUCAGCGUGGACGCACAGAAUCCGUCUCCGGCUCCAGCCGGAUCUCGUGAGCGUGAUAGCACGGGCAUGUUACAAGCUCUUGAUCGGAUGCCUUCCUCGGCUUCAUACGAUUCGCUUUUCCUUCCCAAGCCUCCGGUUCCCGGUUCGCAAGGCCAAGAUGGGUCGCGCACCGCGACCCUGAUGAGCCAAAACUACGCCUUUAAUCCCGAGUCACAAGCGGAAUAUGCUCAGCCCGACUACACCCAGCCAGAACACGUCCAGCCCGAGUACAUUGAUGAUGGCAUGGGGGGCUAUGAUCCAGCUUCAGGCGGGGUCACGCGACAGUCGACAAUGUUGGAUUCUCAGCAAGGUUACUUCUCGGACUUUGCCGGACAGCAGCACGAUGAUUACAGGGAAAGUUAUGGUGGUGGCUUUCAUCGCUACUCUCAAUCGGGCGAGGCCUUCUCACCAACCGCAAACAUGGCGCCGCCGUUCAUACCUCCCUCCGAAUUGCCUCACGGCCCGGCGAUCGAGCAUCUCCUACCCCUCGAGCCUCGAGAUAUUCCCUUUGCCGUGAAUGAUCCCCAUGACAAGAACAUCCCCAUGUCAAAUUUUGACAACAUCCCGACUGUCCUUCGACACCGCGCGCGAGUCCACCCGAAACAGCCUGCGUACUGGGUGCUUGAUCAGAAGGGCAAGGAAAUCGCUUCAAUCACAUGGGACAAGUUGGCAAGCCGCGCAGAAAAGGUUGCGCAAGUUAUUCGCGAUAAGAGCAACCUGUACCGCGGAGAUCGGGUGGCGCUGAUCUAUCGCGAGGCUGAAAUUAUCGAGUUCGCCGUGGCCCUCAUGGGUUGUUUCAUAGCAGGCGUGGUCGCUGUUCCAAUUAAUAGCCUGGAUGACUACCAAAGCUUGAAUCUGGUGCUCACAUCAACACAAGCCCAUCUAGCUUUGACUACGGAGAACAAUCUGAAAGGUUUCCAGCGUGACAUCACAGCACAGAAGCUCAAUUGGCCUCGUGGAGUUGAAUGGUGGAAAACCAAUGAAUUUGGUAGUUUUCACCCCAAGAAGAAGGAUGACACACCCGCCCUUGUUGUUCCUGAUCUAGCAUUCAUCGAGUUUGCGCGGGCUCCGACUGGGGAUAUGCGUGGCGUCGUGAUGAGCCAUCGAACCAUCAUGCACCAGAUGGCUUGUCUGAGUGCCAUCGUCUCAACUGUACCUACGGAUUCUGGUACCAGGCAGUUUGCGGCCAAGGGGGAAACCAUUAUCAGCUACCUUGACCCAAGACAAGGUAUUGGCAUGAUUCUGGGUGUUCUCUUGACUGUUUAUGGCGGCCACACUACGGUCUGGCAUGAGGACCGUGCGGUCGAGACUCCCGGUCUGUAUGCUCAUCUCAUCUCAAAAUAUAGAGCGACUAUCAUGGCUGCGGAUUACUCAGGCCUGAAGAUCGCCGCAUACAACUACCAACAGGAUCCCAUGUCCACCAGACACUUCAAAAAGAAUUCGGAACCCAAUUUCAGCAGCGUCAAACUUUGCCUCAUUGACACAAUCACUGUUGAUUCGGAGUUUCACGAGAUCCUGUCGGACAGAUGGCUACGACCUAUGAGAAACCCACGUGCCAGAGAGAUCGUUUGUCCAAUGCUUUGUCUACCUGAGCAUGGUGGCAUGGUCAUCAGUGUACGCGACUGGCUUGGUGGUGAGGAACGAAUGGGAUGUGUCUUGACCCAUGAACUGGACCCAGCAGGGCGAGACAAGAAGGAAGAAGACGAGAAACUCGAGAAGUCAGAUACCAACACCGGCUUUGGUAGUAGUCUUCUGGGCGGUGGCGCUCGCGUCUCGGCACCAAAGGAGAUCACAAAGAAUGACCUUGGUGAGGUGCUUCUUGACAAGGAGGCUCUCAAAAGCAACGAAAUCGUCGUGGUGGCUAUGGGAGAGGAUGCUCGUAGGUAUGCUAGCACGAUGCCGCAUACUGUGCGAGUCGGUGCCUUUGGCUAUCCUAUACCCGAUGCUACACUCGCUAUCGUCGAUCCCGAGACAAAUCUCCUGUGCACACCAAAUGUGGUUGGAGAAAUUUGGGUGGAUUCCCCGUCAUUGUCGGGAGGCUUCUGGGCACUGCCCAAGCAUACCGAGGCCAUCUUCCAUGCUCGGCCGUACAAGUUUGAAGAUUCCAACCCUACCCCGGUUCUCGUCGAGCCUGAAUUCCUGCGUACUGGUCUGCUGGGCUGUGUGAUUGAAGGAAAAGUUUUCGUGCUGGGUUUGUAUGAGGACAGACUACGCCAGAAGGUGGAAUGGGUUGAGCAUGGCCAGGAGACUUCUGAACACAGGUACUUCUUUGUUCAGCACUUGGUCGUCAGUCUCCUGAAGAAGGUCCCGAAGAUCCACGACUGCACCGCAUUCGACGUUUUUGUGAACGAAGAGCAUCUGCCGGUCAUUGUCUUGGAGUCGUAUGCUGCUUCGACAGCACCUACAACGUCAGGCGGUCCGCCACGUCAGCUUGAUUCUGUUCUACUUGACUCGCUUGCCGAGCGCUGCAUGGAGGUUCUUUAUCAGGAACACCAUCUCCGAGUCUAUUGUGUUUUGCUUACCGCUCCCAACUCUCUACCGCGUGUGACCAAGAACGGUAGAAUGGAGAUUGGCAACAUGCUGUGCCGCAAGGACUUCGAAGCCGGUAUGUUGCAGGCUGUGCACGUCAAGUUUGGCGUAGAGCGGUCCGUGAUGAACUUGCCCGUUGGUGUCGACCCUGAGGGUGGUAUCUGGUCACCCCUUGCUCUAGAAUCUCGACAAGAUGUGUUGGCCUACCAGGAGAAACAAUAUUCAGGUGUGGACUACCGGGAUGUCGUCAUGGACGAUCGAACCUCUACUCCUCUCAACCAAUUCAAGACGAUUGUCGAUGUUUUCCAGUGGCGGGUUUCACGCCAGGCCGAGGAGCUCGCUUAUUGCUCCAUCGACGGCCGUGGGAAAGAAGGCAAGGGCAUUACCUGGAAGAAGUUUGAUUUGAAGGUGUCUGCGGUUGCAACUUAUCUCAAGAACAAGGUGAAGGUUCGACCUGGUGACCAUCUAGUCUUGAUGUACACCCAUUCGGAAGAAUACAUCUAUGCCGUUCACGCCUGCUUCUGCUUGGGUGUCAUUGUCAUUCCAGUGGCUCCCAUUGACCAAAACCGUCUCUCCGAGGACGCUCCUGCAUUCCUGCACGUGAUUAACGACUUCAAUGUCAAGGCCAUCAUUGUCAACACCGAGGUUGACCAUGUCAUGCGGCAGAAACUUGUCUCCCAACAUAUUAAGCAAUCGGCACAGGUUCUUCGCAUUGGUGUACCGGCUAUCUACAACACCAGCAAGCCUUCAAAGCAAUCGCACGGUUGUCGUGAGCUUGGCUACACUGUGAAGGAUAGUUGGCUUCAGGGCAAUCAGGCUGCCCUCGUUUGGACCUACUGGACUCCAGACCAACGACGCAUUUCCGUACAAAUCGGACAUGAUACAAUCAUGGGCAUGUGCAAGGUGCAGAAGGAGACCUGCCAAAUGACUAGCUCGCGUCCAGUUCUUGGUAGUGUGCGCAGCACUCUGGGGCUUGGAUUCCUCCACACUUGCUUGAUGGGUGUCUAUGUCGGUGCUCCUACAUACCUCGUCUCUCCCGUCGACUUUGCUCAGAACCCAAUGACCUUGUUCGUGACACUUGCGCGGUAUAAGAUCAAGGAUACCUAUGCCACCAGUCAGAUGUUGGACUAUGCCAUGACUACCAUGGCCGGGAAGGGAUUCCAGUUGCAAGAACUCAAGAACUUGAUGAUCUCUGCUGAAGGCCGACCUAGAGUCGAUAUCUACCAGAAGACGCGACUGCACUUUGCGUCAGCCGGCCUAGACCGUACCGCAAUCAAUGUUGUCUACUCGCACGUCCUCAAUCCUAUGAUUGUCACGAGAUCAUACAUGUGUAUUGAGCCGAUUGAGCUUCAUCUGGAUCUUCGCAGUCUUCGCCGCGGUCUUAUCUAUCCCGUGGAUCCCGAUGCAGAUCCCAAGUCGUUGUUGGUACAAGAUUCUGGAAUGGUGCCUGUCAACACCCAGAUUGCUAUUGUCAACCCGGAGACCUGCACACUAGCUCACGUCGGCGAGUACGGUGAGAUUUGGGUCCAAUCAGAUGCGUGUGCCCAAGGAUUCUACAGGUCUACACAGGAGUUUGACGCAGAAAGAAUGAAUGGUCGCGUCGCAGACGGCGACCCCAACGUACCCUACGUUCGUACGGGAGAUCUCGGUUUCUUGCACACCGUCACUCGGCCAAUCGGGCCCGGUGGACAACCAGUUGAGAUGCAGGUGCUUUUCGUUCUUGGAAGUAUUGGCGAGACCUUUGAGGUUAAUGGUCUGAAUCAUUUCCCCAUGGACAUUGAGAACUCGGUAGAGAGAUGCCACCGCAACAUCAUGAACGGAGGAUGUGCCAUCUUCCAAGCAGGCGGAUUGAUCGUGGUCGUAGUCGAGGUCACUCGCAAGUCUUUCCUGGCCUCUCUCGUUCCAGUCAUUGUCGACACGAUCCUGGGCGAACACCAGGUGGUCGCAGAUAUCGUUGCUUUCGUAUCCCACGGCGACUUCCCGCGCUCGCGACUCGGUGAAAAGCAGCGCGGUAAGGUUCUGGCUUCUUGGGUGACGCGCAAGUUGCGUACGAUUGCUCAAUUCAGCAUCCGCGAUUUGGACGAAGAUCAUCCAUUCAACCUGAUGCAGAACCGUGCUAGCCGCAGCUCCAAGCCUGGAAGCACCAUGGGCCACAGUCUCCGGCAGUCUAGUAUCAUUCCUGAUGCCGACAUGCCUGCCGUGCCUCGGUCUCCAGCCACUGCAGUCCCUGAGGACAGAGCUGUCACCCUGCAGGAAUCUUACCGGGAGAUGCCUCCUACAACUCUACCAGAGCUUGACACUCGCACUGAAAACUUUGUCUCCUCGACGCCAGUUCCUGCACCGACCUCUGCUGUGCCCCAUAUCCGUGAGCCACAGUCCGCAACGAUUAUGAACGAGGAUGACGACCAUUUCGAUCAUCACUUUGAUGAUCACAACUUCGACAUGGUGGAACCCGCGCAGGAACCUGGUCCCCGUCCCGCCCGCGAUUUCCGCUUCAGCUUCGACAUGAUCAAUAGUCCCGUUGAGCAGCUACCGCACGAUCCACUCCCGUCUGGAGCCGAAUAUCACCCGGCCAGGCAGAGUUCGCUCGCCAGUCAACAUGCUGGAUACCAUGGAGACGGUGUAGAAAUUGCAGCUCCUGGACAUCAACAAAGACCACGCGCUGGAACUCAAGAGAGCGGCAUAGUUGAUGACUGGCCCCAGGAGGCUCUCAUGUAUCAAUCCGCCCUGGGUGGAGAAGAUGGUCAGCGAAAGCCUUCCGAUACUGGCAGCCGCAUCUGAAGUUCCGAGUCACGUCACGAAUCAUGAGUCACGAGUCUCCAAGGCAGCCCUGACUCUGUACAUGGCAUGGCAUACUAUAUGCGAAAAUUCCUAGAAUAAAGAAACGAAAGCGCAUAGCUUUGAGACUUAUUAACGAAGCGAUUGUUGUUUGGACUGCGUGGAUUGAUUUCUGUGGGUUAUUUCUCCACCUUUUUUCUUUUGAACUCAUUGUUUCUAGCAUUUAUUGUUAUUUUUUUGUUCUCAUCUCCCCCAUACCUGACCCCAUACCUGAUUUGCACCAUUGCCUGCUCUGUUAUGUUCUGCAUAUGCGUUGGCUUCUUUUUGUACAUAACAAGCACAUACCCAACCACUUCGUAUCUACCAAACCAUAUUUCCAGAUC